AUGUCUCGAAACAGAGUCCCAACGGGGCCAAGGUUUCAGCCUUUGUCCUCGGAUAAAUCCAGCAAGGCCAAGAGCAGGUACCUUGAGUUCAAGUACUUGUAUUUCCAGGUGCAGAAGCUCAUUAACAAGAAGGUGGUGCUUAGUUUGAAGUCGGAGCAGUUGCGGACGCCCGAGAUCAGAACGGCGCUUGUCAAGCCUAUAGUGCAGCGGUUGAUUGAGGUUUCGAGGUUAUCGUCGUUGAACGCUGUGUUUAAUGCUCAGGGUCCAUCAGCCCACUUUGAAAUCUUCGAUACCCCACAGUUUGCUCCGUUUAGUUAUGGUUCGGUUCAGGCAGAGGGACAGCAGGGUCUGAGCUCGCUGCAACAUCCUGACUCGUUGUCGAUUAACCUUAUCUAUGUGCUCUUGCUUCUUCGGUAUGAGUAUAUGAUCCAGAUGGAGAGCAACUUUGUCAUGUACGACUUGCUUUUGACGAAAGCGAAUGUUUGUGAGUUGUUGGCGAUUAGAAUGCUACGGGAGUACCGUUCGGCCAGCCGUAUCAACUUGUUGUUUGUGAAUCCCAUGGGCCAUCGCCAUGGAAAUGACGAGACUAGGGUGUUGAAGGACACGAAGCAUUUGGAUAGUUUUAACACCAUCGAGCUUUCUGUGCUUACGAAAUCGAAAAAGUUUUUAUCCCAGCCGGUUAUUAUUCAUAUCAUGGAAAGGAUAUAUAAUGGAGAGCUUAUUGUCAUGGACCAUGCUGGCGGUCACGAAAAUAGCUGGCUUGAUAUUUUGGGCGGAACCAACGGCUCCAAGAAACGAGACUAUGAGCUUCUGACUGUUCAAGAAGAAUCGGAAACGGAAACUGAGCCGGAGAAGAAUAUCGUGGACUACAAGUUCAACAAGAUCUCCUUAAAGAAGGUGGUUUUCAGGUCUAACAUUGUUCCCAAGUACCAGGCCAUCGUCAUCAACUUAAAAUAUGCAUUUCUUACGUUUUUGUUUUUUGUUCUUGUGCUCCGACACAAGCAAAGCUGGACGGUGGAGGUUGGCGAGACGAUCUACAGCAAGCUCUUCUCCAUGAUGUUCUGGACGGUCGCUCUUAGCUUCAACUUCGACAACUUGCAGAAACUACUUCACAUUGAGUUUAAGUUUCUUAAGAAGAUAGUGUGGACUUACUUUGACUUAUUGGUUGUGGCACUCAUUGACAUAUCCUUCAUCCUUCGUGUUCUCCUUGGACUUGGGAAGAUUGGGCCUGCGGUUUACUAUAAUUUCUUCAGUUUGAUUCCAAUUUUGCUUUUCCCCAGAAUGCUUUCUGUGUUCAACAACUAUGAAUUCUUCAACAUGAUGAUAUUAUCGUUCAAGAAGAUGUCGUUGUACAUGAUUGCCAUGUUUUCGCUUUUCGUGUCGCUCAUUUUCGGCUUUUUCUUGUGCUUCAUCAGUCUUACCAUUGAUCUCACGGUUUAUGAAGUUGCAUUCAGCAUGUUAAAGCUAUUCUUUGGUUUCACACCGGCUGUCUGGGAUAACUGGAACAGAUACAACACCUUGGGCAGAGUGAUCCAACUUGCAUACUUAUUCUUGGUACAGUUCAUCGUGGCCACAAUACUUGCGAUUGUGCUUAGCAAUGUCUUUACCGAAGUCACUCUCACACACAAAGAAGAGUUUGAGUACAUCAAGACGACCAAUCUUAUCAUUUACCUCAAAUGGGGUAAGUUGAACUACUCCAAGCAUCACCACAGAUCGCCAUUCUUGGUUAUCUUCAAUGGACUUGUCAGCAUAUUUAAGUUACCAAUCAUCAGCAUGAUAUACUUUUACGAGAUUUUGGUGAAGGACAACAAGCGUCACUUACAGAGGCAACAACAAGACCUUAAGCAUUUUACAUUUUUGAGCAAAGAGCAUGAUUUUUACGCCGAUAACGAGAUGAUGAUGGCAGGACAGGCCCACGACGAAGACUCUGAUGUCAGUACACUUAUGAUGAACUCCAGAAGAGGCUCCCACUUUGCCAUGCCCCAAGGGACCGGUGGCAUUGGCAGAACCAUAUCUCACGCAUCCAACGCAGUCAUCUUUGGAGCACAAGAAAAUGAAUCUGGGCGGUCCAAUGCUACACCGAUUCCACGUCACCUUAUUUCGAAGUACUCCAUCAACACUUUGGGUGGGUUGAGAAACGCUUCAGAAGAUCUGGCCUUUUUAGAAGACUUCUUGGGCAAGAGGUAUGGAAACUACGGUAAAACACGUCGCAGAGCGAGAAGCAGAGAUGUUAGCGGAGAAAAGAAGACCAAAAAGAAGCUGCAAAAGAGCGAUUUGGCUGCGGUAAUGAACAAGCUCAACCAGCUUGAAGCAUUGAUUUAUGGAGGUGGAGAACGGAGAUCAAGUCAAGACUACAGAGGUCCCGAGGGCAUGUACGACUUGACUGAAGCACUGGGCACCGAAAUGAUGGAUAGUGAUCUAGGAAGCGACACCGACGACAGCGUCUAUUCGAAAGACCUGUUCGGUACGAUUUAA